CCACAUGCAGAGCGGGUGCAGAUCACGGCGACUGCGAGGCGAACUCGUCACCACACACUCCUCCUCCCUCAUCGCCGCCGUCCUCACCUCACCGCCGGCCAAGCCAGCCGCGGCGGCGCAAGAUGAACCACCACCUCUCGCUCCUCCACCUACCUCGCCUCUCCCCCGUACUCCACCACCACCCCCGCCACCUCCGCCUCCAUGGCCGCACCACCGUCUUCCAAGCUCGCCUCCCUUCCCCUCAGCGAACGAACCAGCACCGCCUCCUCGCCGUGACGACCGCACCACCGGAGCCCGAGAAGACGGAGGAGCAGCAGCUCCUCCACCCCCUCCAAGAACCAGCGGAGGGAGAAGUCAGCGGCGGUGGCGGGGCAGACAGGACGUGCGGGCUCCCGACGUGGGCGCUGAUCGGGGCCAUCGCGGCGGCGGUGGCGCUGUCGUCGGCGGCGGCGGCCGGGCCGGCGGCGGCGCUGGGGCCGGAGGGCCCGCUGGUGGAGGAGUUCUGGGACAACAUGCGGCGGUACGCGCUGUACGUGGUGACGGUGAGCACCGGGUUCGCGUACACGCUGGCGCAGCCCAUCGUGGAGCUGCUCAAGAACCCCGUCACGGCGCUGCUCAUCGUCGCCGUCCUCGCCGGCGGCGGGUUCCUCGUCUCCCAGGUGCUCAACGCCAUGGUCGGGAACUCCGACUUCAUCUACACCUACGACCAGUAGUAGAACAACAGCAACAUCCCAAUCCUUUUUCACGUGUAAUAUGCUUUUCAGUUUCAGCUAGAACAGGUGAUGAUGAUGUGAUCAAGUUUUUGCUUGGCAAAUGUAGCCGUGUUUGGUGUAAAUUUCGAACGAAAUUGGAGGAUUUAAUCCGAGUUUUUGACCA